GGGGAGGCCGUCGCGUCCAACUGACGUAACCAGCCCGCGCCGACGUUGGCGAGGACGUCGGGAAUCGCGAGGAAGCACGUUUCUCGUUCAUCUCACCUGGCACGCACCAUGGAGGCUCCGGUCCAGCAGCCUCCUCUGCCCGGCGGCGGGAAGCGCAAAGGCAAGGCUCAGUACGUGCAAGCCAAGCGGGCCCGGCGCUGCGACGCCGGCGGGCCGCGGCAGCUGGAACCCGGGCUACAGGGCAUCCUCAUCACCUGCAACAUGAAUGAGCGCAAGUGCGUGGAGGAGGCCUACAGCCUGCUCAACGAGUACGGCGACGACAUGUACGGCCCCGAAAAGUUUACAGAUAAGGAUCAGCAGCUCUCUGAAAGUGAGGGAGAUGACGACGAUAUGGAGGCUGCCUUGAAGAAAGAAGUUGAUGACAUUAAAGCAUCUACAGCGAUGAGGCUAAGAAGGUUCCAGUCAGUAGAGAGUGGAGCAAAUAAUGUAGUCUUCAUAAGGACACUUGGGAUAGAACCUGAGAAAUUAGUGCAUCAUAUUCUUCAGGAUAUGUAUAAAACCAAGAAAAAGAAGACUCGUGUUAUUCUGCGAAUGUUACCCAUCUCAGGCACAUGUAAGGCUUUUUUAGAAGAUAUGAAGAAAUAUGCAGAAACAUUUUUGGAACCCUGGUUUAAAGCUCCAAAUAAAGGGACAUUUCAGAUUGUAUAUAAAUCUCGAAAUAACAGUCAUAUGAAUAGAGAAGAAGUCAUCAAAGAAUUGGCAGGAAUAGUGAGCAGUCUCAAUUCAGAAAAUAAAGUGGAUCUUACCAAUCCACAGUACACGGUGGUCGUAGAAAUCAUCAAAGCUGUCUGUUGCCUGAGUGUCGUGAAGGAUUACAUGCUGUUCAGAAAAUACAAUCUCCAGGAAGUGGUGAAGAGUGCUAAGGAGCCUUCACAGGUUAACCCAAAGCAGGGAAAUGGGAAAGAAGCUAAAUUGGAAUCUGGUGACAAAUUAAAUCAAAAUGACCUAACAGAAGGAAAAAAUAACCAGCAGGAAGUACCAGAGAAUAAUGAAGAACUAGGGCAGACAAAACCAGUGUCUGAGACUGAAGUGGUGAAUGAGGGAGAAGAUAAGCCUGAACUUGCAAAUCAAGUCACAGAAGAAUCCAAGUCAAAUGAAAGUGUCCUCUCAUAGGAGGUCAUUUGGUGUCGGAGGUGGGUUACUCAUCUGGGGUUUCUGAGAUGUUGCGGGGGGUUCUAUAUAAAAUCGUGACUGAAAAUACAGUUUUUGACCUUUGUGUGCUGUAUAGUGCUGUUCUUACAGUAGAGAACAGUGAUCAUGCUGCCUUGUUGGCGAUGUUGGUAGAGACUGUCAGCCCUGUACAGCAGUAUAGGCCCACAUACUGUUGCACAGGGAGGAGAGGGGUAGGAGGAGGAGGCUGGCCUCUCCCCCACGAUUAUCAUCGCUAGUCUCUCAUUAUGCACUGCCAGUUGACUUAUGGGAGUGAUAAAGUUCUGUGAAGUAGAAAAUCAGAGGAAAGGUGUCAUGGUAAGAAGGAAUUUUUAUGUGCCAUAACUUGGUUGUCUCCUGCCAUUUUGUUGUGGACAUUUCAAAAAUUUGGACUGUGUAGGUUAGAAGAAAAUUUUUCUGUGAUUUUUUUUUUUAUACUUUUCAUUUUUCUUUUUAUAAUGUCUACUUUCAUAUUUAUUAAUAUAUAUUUGUUACAAACAGAUCUGAUGGUCCAUCGUUAAAAUUUUUGAAGGCAAGAUGUGAAAUAGAAGAGGACCGCUGUAGGCAGAGACUUACACAUGUUUCUGAUAAGAUUAGGAAGGAAGAAUUCUAAUCUGAGUUACUCAGCAUACCCUCGUACAGGAGACACAAAGAAAUUCUUUAUAAUGAAAGCUACUUCUCAAGGAUUUUAUUUGGACUUGUAGUCUUAAUUGUCCUUUGUGCAGUGUCUGGCAUGCAGCUUACAAAUUUAGCAAUUGCUACAGCUAACUGUAAAUCAUAGCCAUUAC